GCAUUACUACACUUUUUACAAAUCAAUCGUUAUCCCCGACCAUGCCAAAUCUGACGUGUUCAAGAUGAUCGGAUUCAAAUGGUCCAUGGUCCAACUGGUCCUGUUCCUGACGUGGGCUCUACACCACUACACCUUUGGCAAUAUUAUCAUAUGGUACAUAUUGACCAUUUUCCUCGUGGUCGCAACAGUAUUGGCAGUGACCACAUAUGACCAUGAUUACUGGAGAUCGAGGGGUGUGUUUUCUCCCCCCGCAUGGCCUUUGGUUGGCCAUAUCAAGACUGUGGUAACUUUUAAGGAACAAGGAGGGAUCUGUUUCAAGAGGAUAUAUGACACUUACAAGAAGGAACGGUAUUUGGGUACUCACCAAUUCUACCAGCGAACCCUGGUCGUGUGCGACCCCGAGCUGAUCAAGCGCAUUUGCGUCAACGACUUCGCGCACUUCGUGGACCGAGGUUUCUUCUUUAACAAGAAAGUCGAUCCUUUGGCUGGCUCUGUGCUCUUUCUUAGAGGAAAUGAGUGGAGGAAGCUGAGGGCCAAAAUUUCGCCUAUAUUCUCGCCAAACAAACUACGUGGCAUGUUUCCUUUAAUAGAAAACACCGCUACCGAGUUCGUCUACCGCCUCCAGAACCUUAUUAAAAACAAUGCAGAAAUUUUGAAUAACAAUGAAAGCUCUGUAGUAGUGGAUUCUGAGAAACUGGUUGGGGGUUACACAGCUGAUGCUAUUGUGCCUUGCGCUUUUGGAGUGAAGAGUCAUGUUAUGGAUAACGAGAAUGAUCCGUUCGCCACGGCCUUACAUGCCUUUUAUGAGAUGUCGUGGUAUAAUAUUUUUGAGAAGACCAUGCGUCAGUUUUGGCCGGCCUUCGUGCUCUUCUUCAGGAUGAGGAUCAUACCGAAAAAGGCGCACGACUUCUUCUAUAACAUCGUCACCAGCGUGCUCAGGGCUCGUGAGUGUGGAAACCAAGAGAAACGCGGCGAUUUUAUCGACAUGAUGAUGGCGUUGCGAAACGACGCCGGCCAAGUCGCAGACGACAAUGAUGUUGAAAUCACGGAUAUGGUGAUAUCAGCAAAUGCGUUCAUAAUUUUCCUGGGCGGUUUUGAGACUACCUCUUCAACCCUAGCUUUCCUGCUACUGGAGCUGGCGGCCAAACAUCAAGUACAGGAGAAGAUGCGCCAGGAGAUCAGACAGGUGCUGGAGAAACAUGAUGGACAGAUCAGUUACGAGGUGCUCCAGGAGUUGACUUACAUGGAGAUGGUGAUACAAGGGAUUGCGAUGCGAUAUUCAGUGCUCUUCGUUUUUUACUCGACUUGGCUUGUUUUCCUGGACUGUUUCUUCCUAUUCGUGACUGUGCUUGUUUACUGGACUUUGAUUUGUGCUUCUGAUUUGGAACUGUUGAAGAUGACGACCUACACGAAUGAAGAAUAUGCCGAUAUGUUAAUUUGUUACGGGUACUGCAAUUGUGUAUCCCUACGAGCUCGUAAUGAGUACAUAACACGUUAUCCCGGCCGCCGAGUACCGGAUAUUAGUGUAUUCGAGGGAGUUUACCGACGACUUAGAGAGACUGGCUCUGUUUUGAGAAGACGAACAGACCUAGGUAGACCACGUGUUAAUGAUGAUGAUGAAGAACAGGAUAAUGAGAUAGUUCGACGGUUUCGCCGGGAUCCAACUACUUCAACCAAUAUUAUUGCCCGAGAACUUGGACUCUCACAAUGGAAAGUGUGGCAUACGGUGCAUACUGCCGGUCUCUACCCCUAUCACUACACGCCAGUACAUCAUAUCGAAGAAGGAGAUCCUGUGAGAAGGCUGGAUUUCUGCCGAUUUAUGCUGCACGCCGAUUUGGACGAUCCUGAAUUUUUGAGAAGAAUCUUAUGGACAGAUGAGUCAAAAUUUGAUCAAGAUGGCAUUACCAAUUAUCAUAACCUUCAUUAUUGGUCUCCGAAGGCACAUUUAAAUCCCAAUAAAAAGCAGGUAAAGGGAUCACAAAGACGAUUCAGCCUCAACGUGUGGAUGGGAAUAGUUUCCAACUAUUUAAUUGGGCCUUUCUUUCUGCCUGAACGUUUGGAUGGAGAAACAUAUGAAAACUUUUUGAGACAAGAUCUAUCUGAUUUACUCGACGAUAUACCACUUGACCUUAUACGAGACAUGUGGUUCCAACACGACGGAUGCCCCGCACACUACAGAAGAAGUGUCAGAGAGUGGCUAGACACUAAUUACCCAAACAAAUGGAUCGGAAGAGGCGGACCCACUCCAUGGCCAGCUAGGAGUCCAGACUUGACUCCCAUGGAUUUUUAUGUUUGGGGACACAUGAAAAGUUUGGUGUACAAUGAUACAAACCCAAUAAUAUCCGUCGAUGUUUUGAGACAAAAAAUUAUUGAUGCCGCAAACGAAAUUAGAAGAAUCCUAACCACGAGUGUAGUGAAAAGUGGCUUAAGACACAGAAUGCGAUACUUCGAGAACGCUGGUGAGUUCGUCCCAGAGCGCUGGGCAGAUGGUCGGCCGCAGCCGCCCCCUGGAGUCUACAUGCCUUUCGGAGAUGGACCCAGAUACUGCAUUGGUAAGCGUUUCGCCAUGAUCCAGAUGAAGUGUUGCCUAAUCAGAGUACUCCAGGCCGUGCGAGUGACACCAGCGCCAUCGUCAACCCGCACCGAGCCGUUUGAAGCCGACCCUCGGUCCCCACUGACGCUACAUCCGGCUGAUUCUCGAAUCACCAUUUCAUUAUUAUGACAUGAAGAUUUACGUUUUAUUUUUUAAGAUUCCUUUUUAAAAGAUGAAAGGUAACAAAGAUUUAGAUAUCUUCUUACGCAGUGCAGAGGUUAUUUUCAGUUCUUUGUCACAGUAGUGUAGUGAGAUAGUAUAUACAGAUACAGUGUUGUAAUCAUUGACUUACAAUUAUAUGGACGUCGGGUCCGCGCUAAAAAGUGUCCGAACUUAUAGGGCGUUAAAAUCGUAUACAGAGCGUC